AUGCUGGCGUGCGUCGCGUGCACGAGGCCGCAGCUCGGCGGCGGCGGCGGCCUGCCGCCGCUGCACGAGCCGGCGGAGGAGGAGGACGUCGUCGACGGGGCCGGCGGCGUGGGCGCCGGCGCGGCGACGCCCAGCACGCGGCAGGCCAUCAAGGCGCUCACCGCCCAGAUCAAGGACAUGGCGCUCAAGGCGUCGGGCGCGUACCGGCACUGCAAGCCCUGCGCGGGGUCCUCGGCGGGGGGCUCGGGGCGCCACCACCCGUACCACCACCGCGGGGGCAGCGGCGGCGGCUUCCGGGGCUCGGACGCCACCUCCGGCUCCGGCCGCUUCCGCUACGCGUACCGGCGCGCCGCGGGCGACGGCGGCGGCGGCUCGAGCGGGGACGCCACGCCGUCCAUGAGCGCGCGCACCGACUUCCUCGCCGGCGACGAGGAGGAGCCGGAGGAGGAGGAGGACGACGACAUGUCGUCUGGCGCCGGCGGUUGCGGCAAGGAGGACAACGCCAAGGAGUGGGUGGCGCAGGUGGAGCCCGGCGUCCUCAUCACCUUCGUCUCGCUGCCGCAAGGUGGCAACGACCUCAAGCGCAUCCGAUUCAGCCGUGAGAUGUUCAACAAAUGGCAAGCGCAAAGGUGGUGGGCUGAAAAUUAUGACAAAGUUAUGGAACUUUACAACGUCCAGAGGUUUAACCAUCAAAGUGUCCCUCUCCCCACUACACCGAAGUCUGAAGAUGAGAGCUCCAAGGAGGACAGCCCAGUCACACCACCACUGGAUAAGGAGCGAUUACCUCGUUCUUUACAGAGACCAACAUCUGGUGUCGGAGCGAUGGGUUACUCUUCAUCCGAUUCUCUGGAGCACCAUUGCAAUGGCCUCCACCACCAUGGACACCAGCGUUACGACUCAGUGGGGCUAGCAUCGACACCGAAGCUGUCAAGCAUAAGCGGAGCAAAGACAGAAACCUCAUCGAUGGAUGCAUCAAUGAGGACGAGCUCGUCGCCAGAAGAGGUUGACAGGUCCGGUGAGCUUUCUGUGUCCAUCAGCAAUGCAAGCGACCAAGAGAGGGAGUGGGUGGAGGAAGACCAGCCUGGUGUAUAUAUUACCAUCCGGGCUUUGCCUGGCGGCAUAAGAGAACUCCGACGCGUUCGAUUCAGCCGAGAGAAGUUCAGCGAGAUGCAUGCCAGGCUAUGGUGGGAGGAGAACCGGGCGAGGAUACAUGAACAGUACCUCUGAGAUAGAAGAAUUGCACAUUGAAAACUAAACAGAGAACUUUGGUCGUUGACAUGAGCUAGCUGUUGAUCCAUGUUGUACAUUUUUUCGGUUGGAGCUAACACUACUCCCUCUCUGCGCAGCAGCAGUAGUGAGGUUAAGUCGUCGUUUCUAGUAUACUGAUCUUGCUAGUCUC